CAUCCUUCUCUCUAACAAGGAGAAGAAGAAGCACCUCGCGUUAUCUCCUAUCUCUUUGCAAGCUCUGUCCGUUUUUAGAAACCCUAGACCAGACACUUAUUGGUACUUCAUUACCCCUUACAAAAUAGGAAAUAACCAAAGUUAUGGCUUUUCAAUCCAGCGGCAGCAAUUAGCCUUUCUACGUCUACCCUUGUUUAUUUAUGGAAAAUUUUGCCUUUUGAUUUGUGUCUGCAUAUCUGGUUCUUUGGCAUCCGUUUCCCACAAAUUUGAUGCCGGAACACUUUGGAACAUGAGGGCAUUUGGUAUCUGGCUUCAUCCUGCUUUCUGAAAUUAGCCUUUUAUGAGUUUUGGGGAUGGUAACUGGGGGCUCGGUGAAGAUGACUACGGUAAACCUAGCAGAGGAUUUAGAGGAGGACUUCGAGAGGGACAUCGAAGCAAUGCUGCGAGAGCAGCAGCAGCAGCAGCAGCAGCAGAGCGGAGCUUCUUUCGAUCGAGAGCGGGAGCUCAAUAUCUAUCGCAGCGGAAGCGCUCCUCCAACCGUUGAAGGGUCGAGGAACGCCAUCCGUAGUAUGUUUGAUGGACAGAACAACGGCGAUGUGCUUUUGGAGGAGGAGAUGCGGUCUCAUCCGGCUUAUAUGUCCUACUAUUACUUGAAUGAAAAUCUUAACCCUAGGUUGCCGCCUCCUUUGCUGUCAAAGGAGGACUGGCGCGCUGCCAAGAGGUUCGAUUUUGGGGGAAUUGGUGAUCGUGGGGGCAGAAAGCAGCUGGUUGACGGUGAUGGGAGCAGCCGUUCUCUUUUCUCGAUGCAACCCGGUCUUUCGGAACCAGCGGAACAUAACGGAGUUGGGGAUUGGGUCAGUGAGGGGAGUAAUGGUCUUACUGGGUUGACGGAUAUUUGUUUGGGAAGUAGGAGGAAGAGCUUCACAGAUGCUUUGCAGGAUGAUUUCAAUCUUUCUGCCACGGUUCCUUGUCAUAUUCCACGCCCAUUCAGUCAAAACACGUUUGAAAAUGCUUCUAGCUCGUUUGUGCUCCCUGAUGUUCAACAGACUCAGCUUUGUAAUGACAUUGAUUCUGUAGACAACUUUUGUUCCAGACGAACACCACCUGGCCUUGUUAGGGUUCAAAGCCUGGGCUCUUCAUUGUCUCGGUCAUUUGCAUCUGCUGUCGAUCCUUCUCUAACUAGAAGUAGAACUCCUGGUCCUCAACUUAAUGGGAGGUCAUCAAACCCUUGCCUCCCUUCUGUAGGUAGUAGUGUGUUUGAUGCUGAUACAAAAAUGUUAUCCAGCGGUUUUGGCAGAAUCUCUUCUGAGGUGACUGAUUAUGGUGAUAUGGAAGCUGCUUUGGCCAGUCUAAGUCUCUCAAAAAAUAGAGGUGGUGCUUUGGCUUGUUGCUCAGAAUCUGUAGGCAGGCCUGGCACUCGACCAGGAUCUGAAUUCCUGGGAGAACUUGUGGACCCAUCAUAUGUGCCAUAUUUACAGAGCACUUCUAGUCCAGCUCCAAUUUCUGGAAACCUUAAUGAUCCUUCUGUUGGAAAGGGUUUUUUUGGUACUUCUGACGUAGACUUACUUGGGUAUCAAAAAGCAUAUAUUGAAAAAAUUCUUGAGCAGCAGAAAUUGCAGUAUGGUGGGUUAAGCAAAGUUGGUCUGAAUAAUGGCUUAUAUGGACCUGCUGCCUUGGGAGUUGGUAUGCCGUAUCCCUUAACUCCCGUGUCUGGUGCUUUUCUUUCUUCUAUGGGCCCUGGAAAUCAUUUAAGGCAGAGUGGUCGAUUAUCACGCUUCCCCACCAUGCUGCGAAGCGCAAUUGGGGCAUCCAAAGGAUCAUGGGACCGUGAGAAUGGUAUCAUGGAGGAAGAAGAAUUUACAUCAUCUUUACUGGCAGAAUUCAAAAACAACAAAACCAGAUCAUUUGAACUUUCAGACAUAGUAGAUCAUGUAGUUGAGUUCAGGGAUUCAUGCUGUGUGCUUAAAAAUUUUGUCAUCGGUGCUGAUCAAUAUGGAAGCCGUUUUAUUCAGCAAAAACUAGAAAUAGCCACAGUUGAAGAAAAAAACAAAAUAUUUCCAGAGAUCCUUCCUCAUGCACGUGCCUUGAUGACAGACGUAUUUGGAAAUUAUGUCAUACAAAAAUUUUUCGAACAUGGUACGGAGAGCCAGAGAAAUCAGCUUGCCAGUAGACUUUUGGGUCAUGUUUUGCCUCUCAGUCUGCAAAUGUAUGGAUGCAGAGUAAUUCAGAAGGCGUUGGAAGUGGUUUGAUGUGUGAAACAGACAGACACAGUUGCGCCUGAACUUGAUGGUUCAGUCAUGGAAAUGAUGCGUGAUCAGAACGGGAACCAUGUAAUACAGAAGUGCAUUGAGAUGGUUCCUCAAGAAAGCAUUAAGUUUAUCAUAUCCGCCUGUUAUGGACAAGUUGUGGCACUUUCUACUCAUCCAUAUGGUUGCAGAGUUAUUCAG